AUGCGAUUCCUACAAACCGCCCUUGUGGCUGCAAGCAUUGCUCUAUAUUCACCUACCCUGGCCCAAGAGUUGUCCGGUCAGGGGUACAUUCAGGUGGCCUCUGAAAAUGGAGUGGAGUAUCUUGGAUGCCUCACCAAUAGCGGUCAGUGGGACCUUUCUGCCUGUGCUGCGGUCACAGCCCGUGGAGGGGGUCAGCUGGUUACCCAACAAGGAAACUACUACACUCUCACCGAAUCGUUAGACAUCACUGUGACUCCGGACGCUGGAGCUGCCAAAUACUGGUCUAGCACGGGCUACAAUGCUCUUGGUGAGCCAAGCAAACUUGAGGCCGAUGGUGGUGUUGAACACAAUGGGGGAGGCGGCCCGUAUUGGUAUGCGGCCGCUGAGCCUACCCAAGGCACCCCCGUUACCCUGAGUGCGGAAGAAUCGGAUGGGGCCCAGCGUGUAAUUCUCGUCUGGAGGUCCAGCUAUUAG